UAUUUGCUACAUUAUUGCAUUGAGUUUUCUCUCUUUUCUCUUGCUAUCAUCAUUGAAAGUUCAGCAGACAAGAAUAGGAAGAGGAAGUGGAAGAAGAAGAAGAAGAAAGAAUAAAGGGAUAGUGAGCUGAAGAGGGAUUGAUUUUUGAAUGGAAGUUGCCCGGAAAAUGACCACCAUGCUAGGGGAAGAGCAUGGUGGCUUGAACCUCAAAGCAACUGAGCUAUGCCUUGGCCUGCCUGGAGGCGGAGGUUGCGUUGGAGCUGACACUGAGUCCCUGAAGAUCACUGGGAAGAGAGGCUUCUCGGAGACAGUCGAUCUCAAGCUCAACCUUCAACCUAACGAGCCUGUUGUGGAUCUGAAGGAAAAGAUGAAGGCUCCAGCUAAGGAAGCUACCAAAGAUCCAGUAAAGCCUCCAGCCAAGGCACAAGUGGUGGGAUGGCCACCAGUGCGAUCAUUUCGCAAGAAUAUCAUGGCUCAGAAGAGCAACAGUGAGGAGGCUGCUGCUGAGAAGGCUGGAAGCAGUGCUGCAUUUGUCAAAGUUUCCAUGGAUGGUGCACCUUAUCUUCGUAAGGUGGACUUGAAGAUGUACAAGAGCUACCAAGAACUCUCUGAUGCCUUGGCCAAAAUGUUCAGCUCCUUCACCAUGGGUAAUUAUGGGCCCCAGGGAAUGAUCGAUUUUAUGAAUGAAAGCAAGCUAAUGGAUCUCUUGAACAGCUCUGAAUAUGUGCCCACAUAUGAAGAUAAGGAUGGGGACUGGAUGCUUGUGGGAGAUGUACCAUGGGAGAUGUUUGUAGAUUCGUGCAAGCGAUUGCGCAUCAUGAAAGGAUCAGAGGCAAUUGGACUCGCUCCAAGAGCCAUGGAGAAAUGCAAGAGCAGGUGCUGAAGCGUGCCUGCAGCAGCAGCUUGUUGUUUGAAGUUAAGAAUCCAUAUAGCUAAAUGAAGAUGAAGCAGGAUGUUGUUUGAUCAAGUGUCUGUAAUUUUCUUUUAAUAGUAUAUAGAUAUUAAAGAUCUGUGGAAAUUUGUAAUGGACAAGAAGCAAUAAACUAUAUCACUAUUGUCUGGCUUGUUUAUUACUAAUAAUCAUCUGUUUGCUGUUGCUUCUUGUCGUCUU